AAUCGCCUAAAUUCACAAUAAGAAGAGACUCAUCAUGAGCAGUGAACCGUGUUCUCAUCUGAUGAAUCUUGACAUUGGGUCAAUACUGAAAGGGAAAUUGGUAUCACAAAAAACACAACGUCUCCAGUGUCAAGAUUGUCAAGCAACCGAUAGAUUGAACUUGUGCUUGUCUUGUGCUUAUGUUGGCUGCAGCAAGUAUUUUUUAAGAAAGAAACCCGACCACAAAGAUCAUUGCAAGGCACAUGACCAUCCGCUGGCUAUGGAUAUUUCUUCCCUCAACCCAAUGUGUUUGCACUGUGGAAAGCAGGUCUUUGGUCGUCACUAUUCAUCCCUCGCACGCCAAAUCGUUCAAAAAGCCUUUCCCCGUCGGUCGUCCCGUUUACACACAGACGAUGAAAAGUCUUCUGAUAUAGAAAUAGACGAUGAAGAAGACGGCGACUCCUCUGUCACCAGUGGCUCAGAAUCGUCAACAACAUCAGGCGGCAUACGUGGUAUUCAAAACUUGGGAAAUACGUGCUUUAUGAACUCUAUCAUCCAAGCUCUUAGUAAUUGCUCCCCCGUGCGAGACCAGUGCUUACAAAACAGUGCACGACGACGCAACAGUGAUGCUGAAAGUACAUCGAUCGCUGUCGAGUUCAGUCGCAUCAUGAAAGAGCUCUGGUUAGCGACCCAGCCGCCUCCGUCGUCAUAUCGCUCUAGUUUGGUGCCUAUAUCACCGCUCUCCUUGUACGACACUGUGUUGAAAGCCAUCACUAGUUUCAGCCCAGCUGAGCAGCAAGAUGCCCAGGAAUUUUUCACGUAUUUCUUAGACCGAUUUUACAAAACCGUUCCGAAAAAGUUACCAUUGACCACGCCCAUCAUCGACGAAACCACCCCUUCCAAUGACUCAAAGCAUCCCGGCGGGUUGGACUCACUUUUUCGGGGUCUUUUAUUAAAUAAGAUUACCUGCAAAGACUGCGGCUACACCAUUCGAAAGGAAGAGCCAUUUUUUGAUCUGUCUCUCGACUUACCCCAUCAUUUUGCCAUAUACCAGCGAAGAACGCGGUCACAACAAAAAUCAACUGGUUGUUCUCUUAGGGAUUGCAUCGAUGACUUUACCAAGGUUACGGAACUGGAAGAAUUUGAAUGCAAAAAAUGUAAAGGCAAAUGUACGAAGCAAUCCUCCCUUAUGCAACUGCCUCAAAUCCUCUGCCUUCAUAUAAAACGAUUCGGCAUGUUGGAAAGCCAACGCCCUCGUGCUUGCAAGCUAGCGUCGCAUGUCUCCUUCCCUAUUGACGACCUGGUAUUGGAACCCAUUAACACUGAACAGCACGUCAAAUACGAUUUGUCGGCUGCUGUUGUUCAUCGGGGUAAUACUUUGUCUUCUGGCCAUUACCUUACUUAUGGACGUAAUGAUGGUCGAUGGUUUCGUUUUGAUGACAACCGUGCUACAGAAGUAUCUAGAGAUACACUUGCCGACGAUGAAGUCUAUAUGCUAUUUUACGAAAGAGUAGGCAUAACAGCGUCGCCACCUGGUAGUCCGUCAUGGUCUACAUCUAGUCAAGAGUUCUGGUCUGCAACGUCUUCGCCUGAAUCAGACAUCAGUUCGUAUGCCGAGGCUUCUGAUGAAAUUCCUGUUAUCAACAAGAAACGUAAAUCCGCCAACCCUACUACAUCUCCUAAGCGCAUUCGACACCUGUGAACAAUUUCUAUAUUUUUUUGCUUGUUCUAAUUUUUUUGAACAGUUGAACAUACCCUAUUCUUUUUGUCAACUAUUUUUUGUUACGGUUCAUUUGUUCAUAUUUAUCUGUUGCUUCCAUUCUAUGUCUUUUUUCACACUGCAAAUGUACAUCCUAUACCCCUUCUGCUUUUGUACUUUGACACUUUUUAGUUUUCCCCCCUUCUUCUUCCGAUCUUUUGUUUAUUCAAACUUCCUGACAAUGUAAUUACCCUUAAUGUCCGAAC